GCCGGUCCCGGCGUAUUUCUUGGCGUGCGGGCGUGCCUUCCGUGGAGCGGAGUGGGGAGGUGCUUGUGGACCCUUCUACCCCAGUGCGGUAUCCUUUGCGGGGUUAGGGCCAAACCUUCCCUCAAAAGGAGGAGGGGGCCCCUUAGGACGGUUCCCUGCUAGGGGCAGCCCCCCCCGCUCCCCUGCGGCCGCCAUGCCCGCGGCGGCUCCGAUCAUCAGCUCUGUGCAGAAGCUGGUACUGUACGAGACUAGAGCUCGAUAUUUUCUUGUUGGGAGCAAUCAUGCAGAAACCAAAUACCGUGUUUUGAAAAUUGAUCGCACAGAACCCAAAGAUUUGGUUGUUAUUGAUGACAGGCAUGUAUAUACCCAACAAGAAGUGCGGGAACUGCUUGGGCGCUUAGAUCUGGGGAACAGGACAAAAAUCGGGCAGAAAGGCUCCUCUGGGUUAUCACGUGCUGUCUCUGCUUUCGGUAUAGUAGGGUUUGUCAGAUUUUUAGAAGGUUACUAUAUUGUGCUAAUUACAAAGAGAAGAAAGAUGGCAGAUAUUGGAGGACAUGCAAUCUAUAAAAUAGAAGAUACAAGUAUGAUUUACAUUCCAAAUGAUGCUGUACGAGUAACUCACCCUGAUGAGGCAAGAUAUCUUCGAAUUUUUCAGAAUGUAGACUUGUCCAGUAACUUCUAUUUCAGCUACAGCUAUGAUCUGUCCCAUUCUCUUCAGUAUAAUCUCAGUAUUCUGAGAAUGCCUCUUGACAUACUUAAGACAGAAACAACACGGACUCGACAGGAGAGUUUUGAUAUUUUUGAAGAUGAGGGACUUGCAACUCAGGGUGGAAGUUGUGUAUUUGGAAUUUGCAGUGAGCCCUAUAAAAAGUAUGUGUGGAAUGGAAAACUGCUGGAUGUGGUCAAAACCGCGGUGCAUCGAGAUUGGCUCUUGUAUAUUAUUCACGGAUUUUGUGGGCAGUCAAAAUUGCUUAUUUACGGUCGUCCUGUAUAUGUCACUCUGAUAGCUAGAAGAUCAAGUAAAUUUGCUGGAACACGGUUUCUAAAGAGAGGAGCAAACUGUGAGGGGGACGUAGCCAAUGAAGUAGAAACUGAGCAGAUAAUCUAUGAUGCUUCAGUGAUGUCAUUUACGGCUGGAAGUUAUUCAUCUUAUGUCCAAGUACGAGGUUCCGUCCCGCUGUAUUGGUCACAGGAUAUUUCAACAAUGAUGCCCAAGCCCCCUAUUACAUUGGAUCAGGCAGACCCAUUUGCACAUGUUGCUGCUCUUCACUUUGAUCAGAUGCUCCAGCGAUUUGGCUCUCCAAUAAUCAUUUUGAAUCUGGUGAAGGAACGUGAAAAAAGAAAACAUGAAAGGAUAUUGAGCGAAGAGCUUGUGGCAGCUGUGACCUACCUCAAUCAAUUUUUACCUCCUGAACAUGCUAUUGUAUAUAUUCCUUGGGACAUGGCUAAAUACACUAAGAGCAAACUGUGUAACGUCCUUGAUAGACUGAGUGUGAUUGCAGAGAAUGUGGUGAAGAAAACCGGUUUCUUUGUAAAUCGUCCUGAUUCCUACUGCAGUGUCUUGCGCCCAGAUGAAAAGUGGAAUGACAUAGGAGGAUUUGUUGUUCCCACUGGCCGUCUUCAGACAGGAGUUCUUCGAACCAAUUGCGUUGAUUGCUUGGAUCGUACUAACACAGCCCAGUUUAUGGUGGGGAAAUGUGCUUUGGCCUAUCAACUUUAUUCUUUAGGACUGAUUGACAAACCCAAUCUGCAGUUUGAUACAGAUGCUGUUAGAUUAUUUGAAGAAUUGUAUGAAGAUCAUGGGGAUACACUGUCACUCCAGUAUGGUGGUUCUCAACUUGUGCAUCGAGUAAAAACAUAUAGAAAAAUCGCUCCUUGGACCCAGCAUUCUAAAGAUAUUAUGCAGACUCUUUCCAGAUACUACAGUAAUGCUUUUUCAGAUGCAGACAGGCAAGAUUCAAUCAAUCUGUUCCUGGGCGUUUUUCAACCUGAGGAAGGGAAACCUCAUCUUUGGGAGCUUCCUACAGAUUUUUAUUUGCAUCAGAAGGACACAAUGAGUCUUCUUCAGCCACGGCGAAGCUACACUUUCUGGUGGACUCCAGGUGUAUUAGAAUACUUACCUUUGCCGUAUGAUGAAGUGACAUGUGCUGAAAACAGAAGGAAGCUCAUGGUGAAGAAAUUUAAUAAAUGUGAUGAUGAGAUUGACAUUCAUAAUGAAUUUUUUCGGCCUUAUGAACUCAGCAGCUUUGAUGACACCUUUUGCUUGGCAAUGACAAAUUCAAUACGAGAUUUUAUGCCCAAGAAUGUUGGCAUUGAUCCCAGUCCAUUUACUGUACGAAAACCUGAUGAAACCGGAAAAUCUGUUUUGGGGAACAAAAGUAGUAGAGAAGAAACAGUGCUGCAGCGGAAAACAGCUGCUAGUGCUCCCCCACCCCCCAGUGAGGAGGCAGUAUCAAGCAGUUCUGAGGAUGACUCUGGGACUGAUAAAGAAGAGGAGGGGACCGUCUCUCAACGUUCAACACCAGUGAAAAUGACAGAUGCAGGAGAUAAUACCAAAGUGACAGAAAACGUAGUGCAACCUAUAAAAGAUAUAUAUGGGAUUAAUCUCUCAGAAUCUCCAUCAGAAGAUGAUCUCAGCAUAUAUACAAGGUUUGUUCAGCUGGGACACAGUCAACAUAAGCAAGACAGAAGCCAUCAACCUCUUUGUUCUAAACACUUAGAUGGGGUUAUAAAUUUAAUGGCCAUCUCUACUUUCUCCGAAGACAACAUUUAUGAAGUCCAGCCUCCUAAAGUUGACAGGAAAUCUAUUGAGAUCUUUCAUGCUCACAUCCAAGCUGCCAAGGGCAUCAUGCAACCACUGGGAAAGGAUGACAUCCUCCUGUAUCGAGAAUACAUUAAAAACAGAUAUAUGUGAAAAACCUGUUACUCAACUCCUCAUAAUACUGAGGAGUAUAAAAACGUUUUGAAAGAGAGGUCAAUGGAAAAAUACCACAAAUGCCUCUUAACAUAUGUGUGUUUCACCAUAUAACAGAUUGUCUAAGGCUUUAUAGCACAUAGAGGGGAAUUGUUUUGUUGAAGUAUCAACAAAACAGGAAACCUUGCCUUUAGAAGCAAGAGGGUAGAUACUGGUAAGGUCUAUAAAUUGUUUGUGUCAGUUGUCUUCUCCUUGAUUAUGUAUGUUUACAUGAAAUGGAUACUGAAAGGGCUGUGCAUACAGUGUGGGAGUAGGCACAAUACCACGAAGGGUUUGGGCUUUUCUUCAAUUUGUUUAAAUAGUAUUUAUUAUGUGACCCAUUAUAUGUCUUUAAGUCAGAGGGCUUCAAAAGAAAAUGGGUAUGGUAUAUAUCCCUCUAAAAAGUUCUUGAAGGGCCAAUUUGAGGCCACUGUUUUAGUCUUUCUAGUGAGACAGCAGGUUAUAUAGCCAAAUUGGAAAGGGAGGCAGCGAUUGGCUCUUGAUCCAUACCUCUUCCUCUAGUUCCUGUGGGUGGAGCCCAAGCAGCAUCUCUAGAUACAUUAUCACAUGGUGCAUAGUAUUUUCUAAAGCUUUCCUGUUACAUCUGAGCAUUAUUAAAAUUUUAUUUGAUAAAGUAGGGAUAUGUUCUUUGAUUAGGUAAUAAAGACAAGAACAUGCUGUAGCUUGAAGGACAUGAAGCGCUGCUUUUAUGUACCUAUUAGUCUGUAGAAGGAUGGUAAUUCUUGAUCAGUAGUGCUUUCUUGCACUACAUGAAACUGUUAACAUUGGAUCCAGGAAUAAUAAAAGGGUUAUCUGUUGC